AUGAAGAUAGAGGUGAUGAUAAAAGGGAGUUCUGAGGAUAUAUACAUACCUCUUAUCAAAGAGACAACUGUUGAGGACAUUAAAGAAUUAUCUGAAAUGGAAGCAUAUGAUGAAGGGUUUGGUCUGAAUGCAUAUGCUCUUCUAAAAAAUUCAAGUAUAUGUUUGAAGUACAGUAAUAAGCUCUAUAAAAUGUAUAUAUCAAUAUUUCUGAAGAUUCUGGACAGCACAACCAUAAGUGAGGAGAUUGUUCCUGAUUUAUGUGCCAUAGAACCCUGUACCAUUUCUGAAGCUGGGGUCAUCAAUGCAUUCAUUGAAGCCUUGAUAUGGAAGAUUGAGAAAGGAGAAUGUUUAAGUAAGUAUGAGACAUUUAUAGAAAAGCUAUGUGGGAAGAUGACAAACAGCCUUCUCUGUGAGAUUGGCUUCUGGAAUCAAGAAGAGGACAUAAUGAACAUAAAACUCGACUUCUUGCUCCUAUCAUUAAGACUUAUCGUAAUGAUGGUGGAGGAUAAGGCAGAAAAGAAAGGGGAGGUGGAGAAGAGAAGCAUAUUUGCAUUUGCUAAGGAGUACUUUUAUAAGUCAUUCGCUUUUCUCGGAGAGAUGAAAGAUUUGGAGGAUGACAUGGCUUUUAUAUUCAAAGCAACUCUAGCCAUCGAUGCUCUAGUAACCAAGCAGGUAGUAAACAGAGUGAGUGAAGUGUUUCCAAUAGUUGAAAAUCUUCCUAUUUCCAAGAGAAGCAUGUUUGGGAUAUACAUUCAAAUAGCAAGGAUAUGCUUAUAUGAAGACGGCGCAUUGUACGAAUUGUUAUACUCCGUGUUCACGACUAGUUGCCUUAUUUCUCUAGGUGCAAAGUAUAGAAGCGAAUUUCUUGGAGUUCUAAUAGAAAUGGUCGAGCAGGAUGCAAGAAGCGAAAAAGAUAGGGUUGGGCACGUAAUCGAGACAUUCAGAAAGGUUUUCCACAGCCUUAGAGACACCGAGUCGGAAGACAGGGGCACAUUGAUAUGGAACUUUCUGAGUUUUUUAUCAAAGCUGAGGAUAAGUAAAGAUAUGGGAGACAUGAAUAGCAUUUUUUUGAAGUUUAUUGUGGGAUAUCCGGAAACCAUUGAGCUUUACUCAAACUUCAUUCUCAUCAAUGGAAUUGACUUUCCCCUUCACAGCCUUCAUGAGAUCUCUAGCUUUGGAUUUGUCAAGAGAUUUUAUUCUGUUCUGUUCAAUAAGGUUAGGCAAGGAAAGCAUGACAGAGGUCAUGUGGAUAGACUUAUUUCUGAGUUUCUCAAGUUCUUCUUAAGCACAAAGAACAAAGAACUCGUUGGAGUCCUCCCCCUUGUUCCGUAUAUUCCUGCAAGGCGAGAGGUCCUCUAUGUUCUAUAUGGGAUAUAUUCCUUUCUUUUUGAAAAUGAAGUAAUUGAGCAUGUGGACUUGUUUCUUCUCAAGACACCUGCGCUGGUUGGGAUAUCAUCGAGCAUUUAUUACAAUGUCAGGCAUUUACAUCAUUUAGCAUCGGGAUUGGGCCUUACAAAUGUUGAGCCAAGAAUGCUUGUGUUCCUCGGGAUUGUGUAUUAUUGUGAAUCCAGGAAGUUAUACAACUUCAAUUAUACAGGAAUAUUGGAAUACAUACAGGACGAGGAUGGGAUAAGAAUGUCAAGGGAUGGGUUGAUUACUGUAAUCGAGCUCAUUCAUACCGGUUACAUAAGUAGGUCACAUGAAUUUACACUUUCAUAUGUCAAUGAUCUCUUAACUAUAGCGCUUGAACCAAAGACGAUAGAGACAACGUUAGUGAUGAUUGAAAUCAUCCUAAGAAAGAUUCUCGAGAAAGAAGAAAAGAUAAUAUUUAUGAAAGAAAUUCAUCAAAGAUUUCAAAAGCUCUUUGCACUUCUUAGCACCAAAAGAUUUCUGAGCGAUAAUGUCAUCGACUCAUAUCAGGGACUGUAUAAAAAUAUAUUGGAAAAAAUCAGAUGUGCACCAAACUUCUACAACUACGUUGUGCUUUGCUUGGCAGACAUCUCUUUUUUUGAUGGGGAGUUUCCAAAAGGUCAUUUCAAGUCAUUCAAUGACUUAUACAACCAAACAUUGUCAAGGAUGGGCGUUGUAGAAGAGUUCCCAGAUAUAUUCAUGGUUGAUCAUGGAUGGAAUGCCCCUGAAAGCACAACCGAAGCAGCUUCAAGAUCAUCAUCUCUGUAUGGGAUUCAAUGCGGAAUAAGUGUUACAAGCCAUCACACCCUUAAAGGAAAAGAAGAUAUAUCAAACCCUAAGGAGGCUAAGUCACAUAACAUGUACAGUAUUAUCCAUACAGGUACCAACGAUAGUAUUGCAAGCUUGGAGAGUUCUACAGAAAAUAUUUCACUUCAUAGCUCAUCACCUAUGCAUUCAACAUCCUGCAAUGCACAGAUGAAGAUACUAGAUGAGAAUAUCAGAAAGAGGGAGAAGUCUGUUUCAUGGCUUAUCGAUGUGAUAUACACGAAAAGAAGUCAAAGUUCGACAAUAAGGAUAGUCUUAGACCUUCUGAAGCUAAGGCUCAGGAGCAUGUUUGAAUACGAGGACCUUUAUAUCCUCCUAAAAGCCUAUAACAUUCUAUCAAUAAGAGAAAAUGACUCCGAGGAAUUCCUGAAGCAUGCACUCCACAGGGGGCUAGACUUCAAAACCGAUCCUGCUAUAUGCUAUAAACUAUCGUUGGAGACAAAUGGGUUUUACAGGUUUUUUUUCAGGGCACUUCAUUUUGCAGUUUCCAAUUUUUCCAGUAAUGAAGACCUUUCGUUCCCGGAGCGAACUCAAUUGAUCUCCAGGUUUGAUACAACUGAUCUUAUACACAUACAGAAUACAUUUAAGCAGAAAAUGGUCCAAAGGCUUUUAGAAAGAUCUUCGAUUCCAUCUUAUAGAUCCUACUUCUUCAAUAUGGAAUCCCUCGGAAUUAUUGACUGUCUCACAAUAAUUAGAAGAGUAGACGACCCAUCUCUUGUAUCCAGGGCCUUUGAACGGCUUAAGGACUUUAAGGAUAGGAUGCAAUUCUAUGUUCCCCAGCUUGUUCAAAUGUUGAGACACAAAAAAGUGUUUGAAAUGACGUUCUCUGCAUUGAAGGAUCUAGCAAAGGACGAUGAAUAUGUUGCCCAUCAGCUGAUUUGGAAUUUGAAGGCAAAUUUAUAUACGGAUGGGUGGGCAGAUAAGGAUGAAUGCCGCAGCACAUUCAUACGAUGUAUAGAAGAGAUUAUGGGAGAAAUGUCAGAAGAAAGUAGGCACAUGUUUCUUAUAGAGGAGGAGUUUGUCAACAGCCUUACUAGAAUUUCUUCGGAGCUGAUUCCAUACCUCAGAUCUUCAAAAGAUGAGAAGAGAAGACGUAUAAAUGACCACCUCUCCCGGAUCAAGCUCCACUCCGGUGUUUAUGUUCCGUUCUACCCCGAGCUCAAAGUCGUCGAGAUUAUGACUGGAUCUACAAGAGCUCUCCAGAGCCAUGCUAAGGUGCCCUUUAUGGCAUCCUUUAGGGUUCAGGAUCCAAAUGGACAAAUAAGUAUCAAGCAGCUAAUAUUCAAAUCUGGAGAUGACUGUAGACAAGACAUGCUGGCCCUGCAGAUAAUCUCGAUGUUUGAGUCGAUAUUCAAGCAAGCAAAUCUGGAUAUAUUUUUAUAUCCGUACAGGGUCAUGGCUACAUCUUCAGGAACCGGAAUUAUAGAAGUGAUCCCAAAUUCAAAGUCAAGAGACCAGAUAGGGAAAGAGAAUAUCAACAACUUAUCUGAAUAUUUUGAAUACAAGUUUGGAUUCAAAGAAAGCGAGGGAUAUCUUACUGCGAUCUGUAACUUUGCCUCUAGCCUGGCAGGAUACUCAUUGGUUGUCUAUUUCCUUAACAUUAAGGAUAGGCACAAUGGGAACAUAAUGAUAGAUGACCGAGGAAGAAUGAUACACAUAGACUUUGGAUAUAUGCUGGAGAUGUCCCCAGGAAAUCUUAACAUAGAGGCGCCUUUGAAAUUAACAAAGGAGAUUGAAGAGCUCCUUGGAGGAAUAUCUGGAAAAGGAUUUAAGAUCUACCAGGAGUUGAUGAUCAAGGGAUUUCUAGCUUUAAGAAGACGGAGUAAGGACCUUGUCAUGAUGAUGGAUUCUUUUGCAGAUAGCAAGCUUCCUUGUUACAAGAAGAAUGCAGUAGAAAAUUUUAUUUUAAGGUUCAGGCUAGAGCUAUCUGACAAAAAUGCAAGGAGGUUUGUAUUGUCACUGAUAGCUGAGUCAUCACAGAAAUUUAGAACUUGGAUGUACGAUCAAUAUCAGAAGAUUACAAAUAACAUUGCUUUUUGA